AUCAAGGCUCCUUUUCACCUGGUCCGGUUUAAUCGAUGUGCAUACUACAAUAUAUUCCGUGCGGCCGGGCUGCUAAAUUCACCGACUACUCUGGGUUCCUCGGAUGAGGCGACGGCACACCGGCAAUUUCUCAACGACGUGAGGGAUCAGUUGCAGCUGAUAUUCACCCACUUGAAACCGAAUCGACUAAGAAGGACUCUAACAUCCGUCCGAGGUUGCUUUGCUGCGAUAGUGUAUCCGUUAGAACUGGUGCUACCUAGAUCAUCUGAGCAUUGGAUUUAUGCUAUCUACGUUUGCCCGUGCUCUGUGCUAGGAGAGCCUUGGGCUUUAGUGGUAUUCGACCGGCCGCGUAAGGAACGAGUAACUGGGGAUUGGGAAUUUGGCCACGCUUCCCGCUCUAUCUACGCUGUUAUUGUCAAAGGUGACCCUGCUUCUAGAUAUCUUAUCGGAGUAUAA